GCGUCGACGAAAGGGGCGGGUCUGAGCGCCUUGACUGACAUAUAGAGCGCUAGAGAGGAUAAGUGCCUCGUUCUGUCUGCUUGGGGAAAUUCAUGGGGCUUUAAAUUUCUCACCGGGACACAGGUCCACCCAGGGGGGUCAGUGAGGGUUUUUUGUCUUCAUGAGCUCCAGAGUCCAGAUGAGAAGAGGCUGAGCAGAAGUUCUGUGAACUGCCCUGAAAUUAAUUUUGCAGGUGCAUGGUUCUCGUUGCAAUUGAAGACAAUUUUUGUCUUAGCCGUGAACUUGCCCUGCAAUAUAGGAAUAAUGACCGUUGCCAAUGCCAAGUCUGGCACAGCCAUGCAGCAGGUGCUGGAUAACCUCAAGGAGCUGCCGCCUUCAACAGGAGCCAAAGACAUUGACCUCAUCUUCCUCCGUGGCAUUAUGGAGAGUCCCAUAGUUCGUUCCCUUGCUAAGGCUCACGAGCGAUUGGAGGAUGUUAAGCUGGAGGCGGUGCAAAGUAAUAACGUGGAGCUAGUGAGUGAGAUCCUGUCUGAUAUGAGCUGUCUGACCACUCAUGAUGAAAGAGCAGCAGAACUCUGUAAGAUCCUGAAGGAACCUCACUUCCAGUCCCUGUUAGAAGCUCACGACAAGGUGGCUUCUAAGUCAUAUGAAGCUCCUCCCACCAGCACCAAUUCCACCAGCAUGGCCAGCUCAUCCCUCAUGCCGGCUGACACGGUUCGCAUGAUCAGCAUCCAGAAGAAGGCCGGAGAGCCUCUGGGUGUAACAUUCCGGGUGGAGGACGGUGACCUUGUCAUCGCUCGUGUUAUGCACGGCAGCAUGAUUGACAGGCAAGGAAUGCUGCACGCAGGUGACGUCAUCCGAGAGGUGAACGGCCGAGAGGUGGGCAAAGACCCCAUGGCAUUACAGCACAUGCUGAGGGACUGCAAUGGAAGCAUCACGCUCAAAAUCUUGCCCAGCUACAGGGACACACCUCCAGCCGCACAGGUGUAUCUGAAGCCACAUUUCAACUACAAUCCUGACACGGAUAAUCUGAUCCCUUGUAAAGAGGCGGGUUUGGCUUUCUCUAAAGGAGACAUCCUGCAUAUAGUGAACAAGGAGGACCCCAACUGGUGGCAAGCAUGUGUUAUAAAUGGAGGCCGCACUGGCUUGAUCCCCAGUCAGUUCCUUGAGGAAAAGAGGAAGGCUUUUGUAAGGAGAGACCUGGAUGGAUCAGGAAUCCUUUACGGGACAUUAACUGGAAAAAAGAAGAAAAAGAAAAUGAUGUACUUGACGGCGAAAAAUGCAGAAUUUGACCGCCAUGAAUUACAGAUAUAUGAGGAAGUAGCAAAGAUGCCUCCAUUCCAGAGAAAAACUCUUGUGCUGAUUGGAGCACAAGGAGUGGGUCGGAGAAGCCUUAAGAACCGCCUGAUUGUGUUAAACCCGCUGCGAUAUGGAACUACUGUACCUUUCACUUCUCGGCGUCCACGUGAUGACGAAAAGGACGGCCAGUCAUACUGCUUUGUGUCCCGGGAGGAGAUGGAGACGGCCAUCAAGGCGAGCCGCUACCUUGAGCACGGAGAGUACGACGGUAAUCUAUAUGGAACAAAAAUCGACUCUAUCCAUGAAGUCGUUCGCACGGGACGGACUUGCAUACUGGACGUUAACCCACAGGCGCUAAAGGUACUGAAGACAUCAGAGUUUAUGCCAUUCGUUGUUUUCAUCGCUGCUCCAGAGCUGGACACACUACGGGCCAUGCACAAAGCUGUGGUGGAUGCUGGGAUCACAACCAAGCUCCUCACGGAAACGGACCUAAAGAAAACAGUGGAUGAAAGCGCCAGGAUCAAGCGGGCGUACAAUCACUACUUUGAUCUGACUAUAGUUAAUGACAAUCUGGACAAGGCCUUUGAGAAACUGCAGGCAGCUGUGGAGCAGCUGACCACACAACCACAGUGGGUCCCUGUCAACUGGGUUUACUGAGACACACAGAGGUCCAGGCACCCCACCACCACCACCACCAUCAUCAUCGUCUUCAUCAUCAUCGGCACAGAACACAAGUUCACACUGAACGGACCCAGCAGUCACUAUGCAAAUGUACACUAGCCAUCCAGUCACAACAGACAUAAGGGAAGUGUACUUAUUUAUUAAUGUAUUUUUUAUUUUCUACUGACUAAACUUAAAUACUUGGAGGGAAAAAAACAAAUAGGAUUUUUUUUGAAUGGCUUGUCAUUUAACAUAGCGAAUGAGUAUAAGCUGCAUUACAGUAUUUAAAGCAGGGGUCUGUUUUCUUGCUGUAAUUUUAGUGUUAGAAAUGUUGGUUUACAGUGCAGGGUUCAUCUCGCAUUUCUUCCUCCGUCAUUCAGUUCAGUCACUACAGUACGUCAAGCAGCUUUGGACCUGAUAAGAACUUUGUAAGCGUCAUCGUAUCCUCGUUUCAUUUCAGUUAAAGUCAAGGAACGCUAGGAGUAAGCCAAUUUUAUCUUUUACAAUAUCGCAGUAGCACUUUAUUUUACAGUCCUGUUAUGUAUGUACUAUAAUAAUAACUAGGUUCUUACCCUGAACCUAACCUUAUGGUCCGGAGUAUACUUCGGUUUUGACGUGAAGUUCUCCAAAAAAUGUCAUUCACUCAGUCUCGUGUAGUUCCUAACCUGUCUGAAUUGAACCACAUAGUAUGGAAAAAAAAAAUAUAGAAGCAGUUUCUUUCACAGUCCUUUUACCAGUGUGCAUACUACGUUCUUAUUAUAAUAAUUACAAUAACUAGGUAAACACUAGGUACUCGGCUCGAACCAAAUAACUAAUAAAUUGCAACCAAAAAUACUAUGAGUCAAAGGGGACCAGAAAGCUUUUUGUUACCUACAUUCUUCAAAAUAUCAUCUUUUUUUAUUCUCAGCAGAAGAAACCAAUGCAUUCAGGUUUGGAACAAUUUUAAGUAGAGUGAAUGACAUGAUUUGAACUUUUGUGAACUCCUGCUUCGACGCUUCAUCCCGUCCCAUCUCUACUGAAAUGAAGGGCCAGUUCAGUUUUGCCACCUUUUGAACAGAAAAAAACUAGUGCGAAAAAGCUUGCCAGACAGAUGCUGUGCCUGAGAUGGAGUACUUCCCUUCUAUCUAGUAUGUAAAAAAGACGGCACACAAACAACCGUAUUAUGUUCCGAUGCAUAGUAUUCAAUGAACAGUAAGGGGGAAAAAAGCACCCGGAUUUAUGAAUGGCAGAAAAGCAAUGCAACAGACGUCAGUAGGUCACAUGACAAAUCCAGAUUACGUGGCAAAAUUUGUAGUCCGUGAUGGAAUCCGAUACACGUUUUAGGUAAUCAGGUUACUUUUAGGUUAUUUUUGACCUAAUUCGUUUAUCGCAUAAUUCUGUUCGAUGUAAAAAAUGCAAAAAGUAAAUAUGCCAUAAAUUAAUGUUUAGUGUACGUACAACCUUUCAAAUAUUAUCCUUUUGAAUAUUUAGUGAAAUAAAGUUGUUAUUGUCCAGUGUCUGCGUCAAUCCUGGUAAAAUAUAAUUAUUAGUCUCCUAACCCCCUCAUAAAGUGCUUCAGUGCAGGUGUUUAUUUUUUUUAGAAAAAAAAUCCAGGAAGAUGUGGGAGCUGAGCAUAAAAGUACUGCAAACAUAGUAUACUUCCAGUAUAAUGAAGUACACUCUGGGCUUUAUGGCUGGUUCACACAGAACAAGUUUUUGUGUUCCAUUGCGCUGGUUUUUAAUGACUUUUUUUUUUUUUUUUUUUUUUUAUAUCCAUGUGUCUCUACGUUUCAGUGUCUUACCUUGUGCAAGUUGAAAAUGCUCAACCUUAGCAGAUUUCUCAGUUCAUCAGUACUGCAUCUGAAUCUUUUUGUGCGGCGCCUGUAGUUUUUAAAAGCAAAAGCCUGUUCUUUGUGAGCAGCCCCUAAACCUAACCUUAACUCAAGUCUGUUACCUUACAUUUAUACAGCCUCGUGUUAAGUGCAUGUACUAUAAAAUAAAGUGCAUCCAAUAUCAUUAGCUCAUAAUUGUAUAAUGAUAAAACUGAAACUAAGUCUUUGUUGCUUGUAUGUCUUAAUAUACAGAAUUGGCUGUAUUUUUUACACGGGCACAAAAUCACUUUCAGAUGUGUCCCGAUCACAAGCCACCUGCCCUCACCGAUUCGUAACUUCAUUAGCUGUAUGUAGUGAUGUACCUGUUUCUGGUGUCUUUUUCAAGGCUUUGUAACUGAUUUUUAUCCAGCUUGAGUAUUUACUUGAAAAUUCUAUAUUUUGCGAUACAGAGAGUUGUAUUUUCUGAAAUUUAAACAGCUGUCUAAUAAAUUAAGCUUAAUUUUGGAUCA